AUGCGAGACACAGCCAGCGACGCGUCCAUGGAGGAAAGGGGCGAAGAUGAGGACGAGGAACUUGAGGUGACGCGGCUGGUUGCCUCCCUUUCGUCGUUUCUAUCGUCCUUCGAAAGCAGGGAAUUGAAAGGGGAAGGCGAGACACUCGACGCCAGGCGCAAGGAGGUUCGCAGCCUCCAGGGAGUUCGAGGCUCCGCCGGCAAUGUGCUCCAUAGCUACCAGGAGGAUGGAGUUCUCUGGCUCAUUGAUCACUACCUCAAUGCCGUGGGCACCAUUGUCGCCGACGAAAUGGGGCUGGGGAAGACGCUGCAGAGCCUCGCGUUCAUCUGCUGGCUGAGUGAAGUGCAGCAAACGGGGCGGCCUGUGCUCGUUGUCUGCCCACUCUCGGUCGUCAGCAGCUGGGAGGCGCAGAUGCGCGACUUCAUCGCCACCGCUCCGCCUUAUAUCCGGAUACACGAGACGGCCGCAGACGAGCCGCAGAAACCGCGGGGAGGAGCCGAGCGCCUCAGGACCCUCACGUACCUCGGCUCGGCCGAGGACAGACACUACAUCCGCGAGAAAGUCGCCAACUACAUGAUUCACCAAAGUCCGAAGGCGUCCCUGCCGCGCAACCGAGCUGCGCCCUUUGACCUGCUGCUCACGACGUACGAGACGCUGAUGAACGACGUCCAGUUCUUCACCAUGUUUGAGUGGGAGUGUGUGUUCUUCGACGAGGCCAGCCGGCUCAAAUCAAAGAGCAGCAAAAGGCGAAACGUGUUCCUGCAGAGUCUCAGGCGGCGCCACGUCGUCAUGAUGACUGGCACGCCCGUCGAGAAGGACCUCGAGGAGCUGUGGUCGCUUCUGCAAUUCGUUCAGCCGGACGUCUUCACGAGCUCGUCUGCGCUGGUGAGCGCCUUCUGCUCGCUUCCGCCUUCCAGGAGAGAGGGCGAGUCAGGCCGAAGGAAGCGGGACGCGCCUCGUAUGCAGCGCAUCCGCAGAAACAGAGACAUUCUGCAGAGGCUCGUCAAAGCCUUCAUCCUCCGACGCACUCUGAGUCAGGUCCGCGCGAGCUGGGCGCUGCUGCCGCUGGUCGAGCUCGUCGUCUUUCUCCCGCUCGCGCCUCUGCAGAAGCGUCUUUACUUCUGGCUGUUGACGAGGGAGAGCGAGGCGCUGGAGGGUGUGGACUAUCCGGCCGCCUCCCUGCAGCAGGAUUCAGAGGCGCCUCCCCGAAAUCGCGAGUUGAGCGCCCUCGUCGGCGAGGACGUGAAUCGAACCUCGGGUGCAGCGAAGAAGAUUGUCGCACACAUGCGAGGUCUGCAGAAUUUGUUCAUGCAGCUGCGCAAAUGCUGCAAUCAUCCCGCGCUUUUCCGCCUCCACCCCUCGGCGUCUGAGAGCGCCUUCUCCUUUUCUUCGUUUCGCGGCGGCGACACUGCUGUCCCUUCUUCAGACGCCGAGGAGGGCGACGAUGCGGAGUCGCUGCUUCGCGACUCCUCAAAAAUCGCCGCCCUCGAGCAGAUUCUAAGUUUCUAUCUCCCGAAGCGAGAGAAGGUGGUGGUCUUCAGCUUCUCGACGAUGAUGCUGGACCUCGUGGAGGACUUCCUCGACGAAAAGGGGAUCGCCUCCGCGCGCCUAGACGGCCGCAUGAGCGACCCCGAGAGACGCGAGGCGAUCGCCGCCUUUGCGCAAAAGCCGCGUUCCUGGUCUGUUUUUCAGCCUUCCGGCGCAAAGGAGUCUUCAGCGAUGGUGUUUCUGGUUAGUGUCCGCGCUGGUGGCUACGGGCUCACGCUGUCGGGCGCCUCCAGCGUCUGCGUGUUCCUGGAGGGGGGCGGCGACGGCAACCCGCAGAUCGAGCGGCAGGCGAUUGCGCGGCUCUAUCGCCAGGGCCAGAAGAAGAAAGUGAAAGUCAUUCGGCUGAUCACCAAGAGCACAGUGGAGGAAGUCAUGUACUGGCGCGGCCGCCAGAAGCUGAAGCUCGCCGCGGAUGUCCUCUCUGAAGACGAGGGCGAAGAGGAUGAGGACGACGACUCUUCAGGUCAGGCGCAGCAUGCCGCGCGGCGCGCAGCGAGCAUGCGAGAGCUCAUCACCUGCGGGAUCUCUUCUCUGACUGCGUUGGACAGUGAAGAGGCCCGUGAAGGCGAGGUGCAACGCGAAACCGAAGAGGCGACAGGAGGAAAGAAGGGACGCGCGCCGGAAGCCGACUCGAAAGGCCGUCGCUCGUUGGCGUCACGAGGAGACUCAGAGCUUCUGUUCCGGGGCGGACACGCAACGCGAGGCAGGGCCGCUCUCGAUUUCUCGCAUCUCACGCAGCUUCUGGCUGACGCAGAGACUGCAUCCGAGGACGCGGAAGGACUGAUGCAAGCGGCGGGAGAACCCACGCGACGCCAAGGCGCUACGGGGACGGCGACCGUGCCGCGCGCGGAGAAGCAAGGUGAGAGCAAGCGCUCUGCAGAAGACGCAGCCCCCCCGUCAGGCGAAGAGGUGGGAGAGGAACCUGAGAGAGAGGAAGACGCCGGCCUCGUUGUCGACCUCUCAGGCCGUGGACGCCCCCCCGCGAAGCGCGAGGAGGAGGAGCCGAAGUCGGCUUCAAAGAUGCAGGAAGGCGAGAGCAGCAUCUACGAGUUCGAGGGAAGGGACUACACAGACGUACUCAAACAGGCGCUCAGCAGCAAACAGAGAGACCUCCGCGCGCUGCAGCACAUCCUCCUCGAGGCCCGACGAGAAGAAGAGGAACGAGGCGCGCGGCAGACGGGAGAUGGAGGCGGCGCAACGCCGCGUGACGAGGUGAGGCCUAGGCUCGUGGGUGCGCAGAGGGCGCAUGCCCAUGCCGAGACGGAGAAGUCAGAAAGUGUGUUUUCUGCUUCUUCCAGCGGCUUGCGGGGGUCAAGCGACGGCGGGCGAAGGUCGGUGCGCGCUCGGCGGGCGCCGCUGACGCCUGCAGAGCUUGACGCGCUUCGAGAGGAAGCUGAGCGCAGAAGGCAGGAGGCGCGUGCAUCCCGAUGGGCGGCGAACAGCUACAUUUCGCGGUCGCUGCAGGAGGGCGACGCCUUCGUGGACGAGUCUGACGCCCUGCGCCGCGCGCGGGCACGCGAUGCACUUUCGCCAGGCAGGAGCGAAGCGGAAGGCGAGACUGACGAGCCCACGCUCGACAGAUACUUCCACUACCAAGAAGGCGACGCGUCGCUCCCCAAAGAGAAUCCGCCCGGCGCAAUUGUGCACUUCGUGGACACAGCAGGGACGUGGCUCGAGGGCCGCGGAUUCUUCAGGUCCCUCGACCGCCUCAGCGACAUCCCCCGGAAAUACUUGGCUCUCGCGAAGAGAAUGGGUGACCUCCACUUGGGCGAUUGUCACCUGGUGCCGCUGAACGCAGCCACCUACGUGGCCUUCUGCGUCUGCCUGAAACGGCAUCGGCAGCGGAUGAGUUUGAGUCUGCCGCUGCUUCGCGCAGCGCUUCAAAAGCUCCACGGGACCGCGAAGCGGCUGGCGCUCUCGCUGCACCUGCCGCGGUGCAUCGUGCCGCUCCCCGCAGACAUCGACAGAAAUCCGCGGUCGCCGCCGCACGCCAACAGCUCGCGCGCAGUCGAGAAGCUCGUCCGCGCACUCUUCAGCCGCUACCGCAUGCAUGCGUUCCUUUACCACUACAGGGGGGGGCGUGAAGGGGCCUCUUCGGGCCGCGAGGCCCCCCCAGGCGCCCGCCGCAGAGAGCGCGAGGCGGGCGCCGAGGAGGAAGACGCGCCGCAACCCAAGCGGAGAGAGCGCGACGGCCGAUUGCAGCAGCAGCAGCGGCAGCAGCAGCAGACCUCGUAUGCGCUGACAGGGGCCCUCGCGGGCGCAGACCUUCAGCGGAGGGCCGCGGAUGCGACGGACACCGCAGGGGCGCUCCCCGAGUCUCGUCACGAGGCUGGCGGGGCGGGGAGGCACGCUGGAGGCGAACGACCCGAAGGGCCGCAGCCGAGUAGCACACACACGGGCGCUCCGAGCGGAGACCUGAGCCGCGCCCAGCAAGAAAAGGGCAUGCAUAGCGGAAAGGGCGCCGCACUGCGUCCAGCGGGCGACGAAAAAGUCAAGGCGGGGGGCGGCACUUCACCGGGCGCACCGCUCGCCGGUGGGACCUCGAACGCCGUCUGCAGGCCGCCUGCAAGGACGCAGCUGGCAGACGCGAACCGAGAAAGAAACCGAGCAAAGGAGGAGACAGCCCCGGGCCCAAAGCGAGAGCGAGACCUUCCGCCGCUCGCCUGUCCGACCGGCAAGCUCCAGGCGCCGGCGCCUCCCUCCGCUGCCGCUACGCCCCCUCCCGCGUCGAAGCGUGCCUGUGGGAGGUCGCGCGCGACCGCGUGGAAUUCGCUCCGCAAGCCUGCCCCCCGAGAAGCCGCUUCUGCCGCUGGCAGGUCGACAGCCUCCUCGCCCCUGCAUGCGCCAGAGGAGAACGUCCCCGGCGGAGUUGAAAGAAGGAGCAAUGCGGCUACGGAGUCGUCCUGCGAAACGCGCGAUGAACCCAGGGAGGCGGAAAGCGCGUCAAGCUCAGACUGCCAAGCGCCCGUGCAGGCCUCCUUUUCCUGCCCCUCUGCGUCUCCUGCGGUAUCUGCCGCGCCCUCUUCGUGUGCGUCUUCUCGUCACUGCUCUGCGUCGUCUGCGCCCAGUUCCUCUUCGCCUUCCUCGUCUGUCGCGGUUGUCUCUCGUUCGUCUCUUCUCCUGGCGCCUUCUGAAUCGUAUCUCUCGCUGCGUUCACCCGGCGCUGCGUCGGCGUCGCUUUCUGCUGUCUCUUCAAGCCCAGGGAGCGACCGGGGACCUCUGCGCGAUCCCGUGGAAGAAGAGCAAAGGGAAAACGAGCCCGCGGUCCGGGCUGCCCAGGCGACCGCCGCUUCUCGGAGCGGCUCUGAAGCGCGAAUCGAACGAGCGAGAGAAGAUGCGGUCGCGGGACGCGAAGAGCAAAGCGCAAGCCGACUGCAAGGCGCGCCAGAUGUCGCCGGCGCUCGGCAGCACGCCGACGGCGCGGCGGCGGGCCGUGGAGCCGCAGGCGCUCUAGCAGACGACGGCGCGGAAACGCUGCAGCCAACGCCGGAGGCAGAGAGGGCUUCGCGUCCCUCCUCUCGUCUCUGCGCGAGCGGCUCGGCGGGGGUUUCCCCUUCGCGUCACGCUGCUCCGCCGUCCCCCCUUGCGCCGACUCUCUCUGCAGGAUCUUCUUUGUUGCCCGCCGGGGGCGCGGUGGCGGCAUCCGCGGGGCUCUCGUCUCUCGGUGUGUCUUCCGCGCCGGGUCCCUUGCCUCCGGCACCACGCAGCGGCCAUUCUUCUCAGCCGCGUCCGCUGCGGCGCGGGCCUUCGGCGAGUGCGCCGCAACGGGUGCGACUCUGCGCCGCACGUGUCGGCGCGCGCUUGGGUUCGAGUCCCGGGCCUUUGCAGAGGUGCGGGCUCGGGGGAGUGUGUUUUUGGCUCCAUCCCGCCAUCCGCGAGGAAGUGGCGCUUUACUACAUGGAAAGAAUUGCGUAUUUGGGGGGGACUGUGAGGCGCGCGCCGGCCGCGCCCUCAGAUGGGACUCUGACAGAGUUCCUCAGUUUAGUCGCGAGCAAGAACGAGAAAGCGAACCUCUGGGUGACGCGGCCCGCGGGAUCGGCGCACGCAGACACGCGCGAGAGCUGCCAGGAGGGAGGCGCACGCGAGGGAGCUGAGUCCGAGGCGCCUCGCGGCCCAGAGACGGGCUCACUUGGCGACGGAGCGAGGGGCUACCUCAUCCUGCCAACCAGGGUACUCGAACAGGCGGCCCUCAGCCGCGCGCCAUUGGCCUCGUCGUCUCACCGCCAGCCGCUCAACCCGGCUCUCUGGGCCGUUGGGGUGAGCGAGGCUUUAUCUCAGGAUCCAUACAUUUCGUUCCUCCACAAGCGCGGCGAGGAGGAAAGACAGAAUCCCUCCUCAGCGGCCUGCAGUGUUGCCACGACGCGGCUGUCGUGGAGCUUGCCGUGGAUGCCCAGGAGUCGGCGUCCUUCAGCGGGCGACGCAGGGGAUGGAGAUGGUUCCUUGCAGGGCGACGGGCUCGCGUCGCGGCGUAGGCCUCCCCUCGACAGCCUCUCACCGCCGCAUGCCCUAGGUCUGACGCCCCAGGGGUUGGGUAACCCGAGCAUCAGCGUGGAGUUCACGGAUUGGCUUGAGGGUUUGUUGUUUCACAAAGGCAUGAUUGACCCCGGCGCUUGGAGGGCGCAUCAGGUUGAUGUUCACGCGCCUUCCGCGGCGGAUUGCCUUCCCUCCUCUCUCAGAAACCUCUACAGUGUGGGGCCUCUGCCGCUGUCUGUCGCUGUCACCCUGAGCAUGCAGCACGCUCUCGGCGUUGCUUCUGAAAAUAAAAAGGAAAACCUGCUCGCCGAGCGUCGGGAAGCAUUUUCAGCGAGUCUCCCUGAGCGGUCGGCGGCCCCCACAGAGAUGGACACCGCCAGAGACAGCGAGAAAGGCAUAUGCCAGGAGCCGGCUGAUGAUCGCGGCGCGUUGAAUGGCUUCAUGCCUGGUGAAGGGAACGAUGGAUGA